AUGACUUUCGAAAGUACAUGUUUUAACACUAUAACGGCGAAAACUGUUAAACGUGUACGCCUCUGUUAUCCAUUGGAAGAAUUGCCAUCCCCAAGUAAUGAUUCGACUCCAGAAAGUUCUAAAGAAAUACGCUACAAUCAUACUAUCGCGAAAAAAAUCCCAAGCAAUUUGACAUUAAAUGCUUGUUAA